CUCACAGAGGUCAAACGGCUCAUCGUCGAAGUUGAAGGCGAGCAAGCGUUCGAUGAAACGAAACCUGCUCUUGUCCAGCGGCUUUAUGACCUGUUCCAUCCGGAAGAAUCUCUGGAUUUGGAAGCCGAUGCUGCAGCAGCUGUACGACAACGGAUAUAACUCCAUUGACGAUGUCAUCUUGUUGGCAAAGGUUAAGAAAUUCCCCGACAACUUGGAAUUCAUCACGAACACCCGCGAUCGCAACAAGCUUGAAGUGUUUGUUAUGCCCCACGUUCCCAUGUCUCCUCCCGUGACAUCCGCAAGCGACAAUGUGGCCCCCCGUCGGAGCCGUUCAACUACACGUACAAGCAAUCACCACCAAGCAGCCUCAGACGACGAGAGUUCCGGCAGUCCAGUUAGCGCUCACCGUAAAUCCAACAGCGGCUCCCGUACCUCCUCUCAGGCCCGAAAUCUUCGAAGACCGCAUACGCUUCCAUUCGUGAAAGCAGCCCACAAGGCCGCAAAAGAUGUUAAGCCGCAUGAAAUUUCAUGCGACGAACUUUUUGCCGGCAACAUCAUGGCUGCAUUGGAUUUGGCAAGGAAGACCAACGCCUUACCAACACUGAUGAGUUCCUGGAAUACCAGGUCUUUUUGGCUCGCAAACGAUGCAUGUAUGAUGACGAAGCCAUUGUGCAAUUUGACUGCGAGUUUCGCGAAGCCGCCCAGAUUGAGGAGUUUGACCUUUCUGACAUUACGCAUCGCGACCCCACGGCUGACGCAUAUUUUUCGGCGGAUUCCCGUCGAACGUCGGAUUUUCAAGUUUGUAACCCAAAGGUCACUUUUGGACAGGCGAAGCGCACAGCUACCGUGGAACCCCGUUUUCCGAAUUACUGCUGUUUCAACUACAACGAAGGCAGACCCUGCCGGGAUAUCCCUUGCCGUUUUCCACACAUUUGCGGUUUCUGCCGGAAGGACCAUCGCGCCACGGCCUGCACCGAGCAGUCGGCAAAAUGACCUCCAUUCGGUCAAACUGUGGAAUUCCCAGUCCGACUACAAACCUCCAUUUGCCUUGCCAUAUUCCGUGGGAUGCGACAGGACUUCCUUGCACCCUGCUUUAUGCAUGCGGUCUGGCGACUGCAUGCAUCCUUAAAUGCCGUAUUGCGCUGGCGUGAUUUCCGCCAGAGCAGUGCUUUACUUACUUUUCGUGGAUCUUCUAAUUUGGUAUUACUUUCGCGAAUGCCCAACAAUGCGCGGAAUCCCGCGCCUUUGGUAUCGUGAUAAGCUGUUUUCCUUGAAUUCAAGGAAUCGGCCUGCUUUAUC